AUGACUAUUUUGGAAACAAUCGAGACAUACAAAGCCUUGACAGAUGCUGCAUUGGGUUCUGACUUUUUUGGCAUUGUUGUUGGCAUAGGUCCGACCCUGGUCGACUACGAGCAUCUGAUAGCAGCAUUUGCAGCGUCGCCGAUCGUUUGUCUUGAGAUCCCUGUUUUCAAUAAGUCUCCUUUUUCUUCCUCGGCUCGAGGCGCGUCUGCCGUCCAGGUCCAGCAACGACUUGGAAAUUGCACGUUUGAAGGUGUCCUCAGGGUCCCCAUUUCGGAAAUUGACCAGCUUUCACAUGUAGCUGCUGCAUUCCAGCAUGCCACUUUUCUUUCUUUCUAUGCCCUUCCUAAAUUGUGUGCCCCUAGAAAAGGUUAUGACCAGUUCGGUUACCGAGACAAGUUUCUGUUCUCAGCGAAAGACGGGAGGAUCUUUGUCAUGGUUAGCGACAGCAUUGGAGAUAAGACUGGGAACCGCCUUAGGAUGAAAGGAGGAGAUCAUAAAGAGUACCCGGCCAUUAAGACAGCAAAACAACACUGUGAACCAAGGAACAUCGAGGUCAGCAACCCCUGGUCUGACACCACCUGGUGGCUGGCCGCGGACCCACCCAAUCCCAAGACCUCCACUCCACCUCUACAACCCCAAGACCUGGACUCCCACCACUACCGAAGACAGAACCUUUCUAUAUCCCCAAAUUGUAUAUACCACUUCUUCCCAUCUUGUAUGCUCUUUCUGUAAAGGGCAUGCUGUACAAAUAAAUGGUCAUUGAACAAAAAAAAAUCAGAAU